AAAGGAGGGAACUGCACGCCGCAGAAAAUUAUUAGCACUGCAGCACUACUGCCAUGCCGUUUACAUGAGUGAGGCCAGCAUAUUGAAAAAUUGUCUCACUUGUCCUCUCAUCUUCUUCUUGAAACGCUGAUCUCGCUGGAAUGGAAUGGAAUCCAUAUAAUAUUCUUAUCACGAAAUAACUGUCAUUUAUGCAGUUCAGUCCAAGUCUUGAGGUUCAUCAAUCACUUGCUCUGACUUGGUCUUUUGGCAUGCAUGGUCUCGGCGAGGUUGCAAUUUGGGAUGUCACAUUGCGAAUUAACUUGCCAAAAAGUUUCGCAGAACAAAGUGCACUGGUGUAGUCGGAGUGUAUCUUCUAUCUCGUGAAAAGUGCAGGUUAUCUUUGUAUGUGAUUCGCCGAUAAGUUCAACAUACAUACAAUUACAUCCUGUCUGCCUGUUAGUCGAGUUGAGGAUUAGAUUGGGAGUGGAAUUCUUUUAUGGUGUAAUAAAUCGAUGAAAUUGCACUUUUAGUACAAAAAGGUGCAAUCAAUUCGGAAGAAAAGAUUUUUGUAAUAAUGGCGAACGUAAUUGUGCAAAGAUUUAUUGGAGGAAGUCAACAGUUGCAAUAUUGCAGCCAUAUUCAGCCAGAAAAACCUUUAACCGAUAUUAUCAGUGAGCCCUUUUUGGACGACGAUUCGACAGGAAGUUUCUCCAGUGUGGAUAUGCUGUCCCCAAUUCAAGAUGCGGUGUUAGAAGGAGGGUCAAUUUUCCUAGCGUUCCUCGCCGUGGGAUGCGUCGGCAUAAUUAUGUUUUACAUGGUGAAUGGGGUUUACGUCCUUAGCUACAUUCUAAUCCAGCUCCUCGUGGGGGAUGGAAGGUCAACGUCCAGCGACAACAAGAUGCUCAUCUACCAACUCAUUUAUGACCAAAUUUUACUACACCGACUGUGGAGAAGAUCUAUCCCAUCGUCGACUAGAUUUUCAAGCACAAAUACGAAUAUGAAACCACCAUACAAUUUACAGGAGAAAGUUAAGCCAAUUAUCAAACCUCGUCAAACUUAGCACAAUCAAAUUAAAUGUCUUUAACAAAAUGACUGUAUGAGGCAUUCCACUGGAUGUGUACAACUUUCCCUGAUUCCAUUUUUCAGAGAGAGACAGAGAUUCAGGCUGAUUCUCGCAGGUGUCACUACCCGCUCGCAGAAGGGGCGUAUGAAACUCACCAGUCUUUGUCUCUCUCUGACAAACAUUUUAUGGUGAACAUUUUCUUACCAACGAGCAUCUCAUUUAAUGUAAUAUGUAAUGCAUUCAUGUGCUUAAUGUGCUUAAUGUGCUUAUCUGAAAAAUUGAUAAGUACACUGAUAAGCACUGUAGCGUUAAUUUUCGAGCGCAUAGUAUCAUUAUAAAUUCCGAAACGCGUAAGUUUUAAAUUUGGGGCGGUUUGGACAGACUAAAUUUGCUUAUCUUAAAAAUUGAUAAGUACACUGAUAAGCACUGUAGCGUUAAUUCUCGAGUGCAUAGUAUCAUUAUAAAUUCAGAAACGCUUAAGUUUUAAAUUUGGGGCGGUUUGGACAGACUAAAUUUGCUUAUCUUAGAAAUUGAUAAGUGCACUGAUAAGCACUGUAGCGUAAAAAUUUGAGUGCACAUUAUCAUUAUAUAUUCAGAAAAGCUUAAGUUUUAAAUUUUUUGGCUAUUUAUUAUAUACAUGUCAUUAUUGCAUAAGCUGCCUUGCUACGGCUCUUGCCUUAUGAAGCGCCUCCCCCAGAAACUUUGACCCCAAAAAACUCAUGGUAGCGGCCAUUUUUAGUCGGACAACCAAGGCUGAAAAUGUAGCUCUUCUCAUGAAGAAAAAUCUGGCAUCAGGUUGUCAGACUAAAAAUGGCCGCUACCAUGAUUUUUUUAACGAUUUAUGUGUAUGUGAAAAAACCGCCAAUUUUCGAAUUUUGAAACUCUUGAUGCAUCAAAAUGUUCGUAUUCAAGGGGGAAGUCAAAUGUCAAAUGCAACUUGGGGUCUAAAUCUUUUUGUACCGAGUGUACAUUUAUUUUCUCACUUUUCCCAAUUUUCUUCCGCAAUUUUUGAAGGGGGUGUGGUUGCAUAUAAAUUAAUAAUAGCUACGUUAUAUUGAUCCUUUCACCAAAAUAUAAGGUUCCAAUUUUUUAUGCGAAAUUCGGUGACAUCGAGGCGAAAAGGGGUUGUACAGUACACUCGGCCUUCCUCGUAUGUAAAAAGGUUACAAAUUUUAAUGGAAAGACUGACUUUUCUGAUUUUCUUGUUCAAAUACUAAUAUUAGACAAAACAUUGUGACAUUAUAUCAUCAAUAUCAUCGUGGUCCAUCUUGUUAAGUAUAAAUAAUUUUUGUAAUAAAAAAUUAAUUUGAGACAAUUAUAUAUGUAAAUCAUAUUCGAAUCUAUCCACACCAUGAAUCAUCAAAAUCUGAACGUGAAGAUUGAGACAGUCUAAAAAAAAUCUAUAGUUACCUUGUCAACGCUUGACUCUCCCGAUGAUUGCAAGAUUUAUGUCUAUUUCAAAAAAAUCUGUAUACUCCAGUUUGCAAAUUUUUCUCCCCCGUUUCAAUCCCGGCUGGUUUGGGUUCUUAAAAGGUGACCAAACCUACGAAAUCUAACAUGCAGUGGUACGUCACCACCUCUCUGGCGUGUUGCGGAAGUACUUUGGUCGCAUCGUUAGGCUUUCUCGCCCUCAGCUCAUUCUAUGUUUUCGACUCGAAAAAGAACAUUCCCUCCGACACGACUGACAUUUGGAUGCACCAUGUCGAAGCUUUCCUUGGUGCGACGGUCCUCUUUGCCUUGACAUGUAUCGGUGCUGCCUGGGUCAUCAUCUCCAAGACGAAAAGAUGGUUCCUUUAUGGACAGGCUAUGUGCUUCAAUUUUGUCUGCUUCGGACUUUGUGUCUACGGCACGGUCGCGUUCCAAUUGCAAUACGAUCGGCCAAAAUUAAAAGCGGAUGAAUUGUUCCGUGAGGUCAAGAAGGAAAUUCAGGACCAUUUGGGUCAAGGAAACACUGGAAAGUAUAUCCCCACUUGGUUGGACAGUAUUCAGAAUAAGAGCAAAGAAUGCUGUGGGAUCCAGACAUUUCGAGACUGGGAAGAAUUUUGGCCCACUCACCAAUUCGAAAUUCCAAAAUCCUGUUGCAAAGAGCCCAACAAUGCGGAAAAAUGUUUGACCAAUCUGAUCACCAUUCCAUUCCCCGGCGUUCCCUCCAUGUUCAUCAAGACUGACACGGGCUGCAUCGAGGAUAUCAAUGCUCACAUGCGAAAGAACAUCCACGACUGUUUCAUCUACAUGAUUAUUCUUGCCAUUCUCUUUGGCCUGACUCAGAUCGCCUACAUCAUCCAAUUCUGUGUGCGACCAGGAGCAAAGUAUUCAAAUUAUGCCGAUGAUGUCGAUGAUUCUGCCGGAGGGGAUGGUAUUCCUCCAAUUGUCGCUAGUGGAGGACCUGGAAACAGAUUCUUGGGAUUUUUUGGAUUCAAGAAACAAGCUGAGAAGAAUGAUGUGGAAGGUGGAACGCCCUACAGUGCGGAUGCUGGGGAAUUGUAUGACGUGAAUGGCACCGCAUCUGGCAGUUUGGCCUCGGGUUACACCGCAAGUCAAGGAACCUUACCCGACAGCGCCUCCCAAGGUCCUUUCUACGGCGACAGGCAAUUCCCUGGCGAAAGUGGCAAGGAUCUCGCCUCUGCUGCAUCAUCCGGCUCGGAUAUCGACAUUGACAGCUCUUCCCCCGGUGUCACUGGAUCCGAAAUCAAAAAGAAGAAGAAAAAGAAGCACAAGAAGCAGAAACAACAACAGGACGACAUGGUCGGCAGUGACGGGGCGGAUGGAAAGGUAAAUCGUCAAGAGGUCUUCGUCGUCCCGGACAACGUGCCCCCACCAACGACCCGUAACGACUACGACUACCAGGCCGCCAACCAGUCCAACGACAUCCUCGCCAUGAACGGGUACGAUGCCACUCCUGCUCCUCCUCCACCCAACGCCGCCUCCCCAACGAGCGGUUCGCCCCCAGUGGCGUCGCCAUCCGCGUCUUCUGAUGAAGUGGGGGACAAACUGGCUCCAGGGGUGAAAUCUGCUUCCAAGAAGGACAAGCUCAUGGGAUUCUUGACCCAUAAGAAGAAAUGAUUAGAUGGAGGGUUUCUCUAUUUCAAAAAACCUCACCACCACCAAGAACCUUAAAAAACCGUCAUAAAAUUAUGGGCAAUUUUCGUAAACAUGGCUUGAUUUUAUUCGUCACUACUCUUUUUCAAAUUCUUUGUGUAUAUUAUGUAAAUAUCUAAAUAAGCCUGGUAAAUACGAUACAAACAAUCGGCAUCAUCAUCAUCGCUCGUUGCGCAAAAAGUUUUCUAACUAACUCUGCAUUUGAAUAAACCUAAAGAAUAUUGCACAUUA